UCCGCCAGUGGCCACCAAUCCGAACGAACCGAUCUAGCUCCUUGCAAGGCAAGGCAAACAUAGAACGCUGUUUAUUAUAUAAGGCAGAAUAUGACUACCACAUAUGUCACAGCGGGUCCAGUGCCCGUCCAGCAAACCACCUACAUCACCACGGGACCCCAGCAAAUACAGACCACGUAUAUCACCAAUGGACGCCAACCACCACCGCCUCCUCCACCAACCACGGUGGUCAUCACCCAGUCAAACAGCCGAUGGGCAAACCCUUCUCAAACGCAAUCCGGAACAGCAGCCACCCUUCUCUUCGUGUAUGCUGGUAUGGACAUGGCCCAAGGACUUGGUUGGAACUUGGCUGCCGUUUCCGCCAGCACGCUGGAGUUCCAGUACAGUUGGUUUAUUGGCGUUAUAAUCGGAGCUGUGGUGUCCGCCAUUACAUCAGCAUUUCUGCCCAAAAUUGUAUUUUAUGGUCUGGGUGGUGUGAUGAACCUAAUUGACGCCAUUAUCUUUGUGAGUGCUCCAUAUGAGUAUGAGUCGAUCCUGGCCGCCCGAUAUGUGGGAGGAGUUGGCAUAGGCUUGAUUACUGUUCCAUUCCUAAUCCAUAGUGCUGAGAUCGCUUCGAGUACAAACAGAGGAACCUGCUGUGCGUUGGAGCAAUAUGCUCUGGCACUGGGAGUGGCCAUUCAAGUAAUCUACGAUUCGCAGUGGGCUCAGGGAUUGGGCAUGACCAUCAACCGAGUGCACGGCAUCUUCGGAAUUGUCUUUACGGCCAUUGCGCUGGGAAGCGUAGCAAUCACGAUCGACUCGCCGAUCUUCUAUAUCCGCCAGAACCAGGAGCAAAAGGCCCGUGCCAGUGUGAAGCAGCUAAUGGGAUCCAGUUGGACUCGAGAAGCUGGAGAUCGAGCCUACGACGAGGCCAAGCUGUACGUGGUGGAGGGCACCGGCCAGGGAGUAGGCGAGCAGCUGGGAGAGUCCAUGAUGCCCUUCCUCAAGCUGCUGCUCUUUCGCUGCUUUGUGGCUUUCACCUUCUCGGUGCCGCUGUCAUAUUCAAUACUGACAACCACGGAGCUGGUGGAGGGCACCCUGUACUCCUGGCCCACGAUUAUAUUCGGAAUUCUACGCCUGAUCGGUGCCCUGAUCACCUUUGCGGUUCUGGACACCGUGGGCCGGAAAUUUGUCUCCCUGCUUGGACUCAUUUGCAUGGCUGGAUUAAUGCUGGGCAUGGCCGGAGUCUACGGGGACUACGCGCACAUCUUUGAUGAUUACUUCAUGUGGCAGGUGUGCCGUCUGGGCAUGGCAUUCCAGUUCUUCGCCGGUUUCUUCAUCUGCAGCUCAUCCGUUUAUCUGGGCGAGGCCUUUCCGUUGAGAGUGAAACCCUUCUUGAUUGGCCUGAUUGUGUGUCUAGAGCAGGUGAUCCACAUCAUAGUGAUCGUCAAAUUUGUUCCCACACCGGAGUUCUAUUACACGUACUUCGUCGCUGUCGGAAUUAUUAUGGUAAUAGGCCUUGUGGCUUUUGCCGUUUUAAUGCCAGAGACCCGGGGAUUGACGCUAAGGCAAGCAGGCGAACGCUUCCGCCGGGUGCACGAUGUCAUGGCCUACUAGUGGCUUCUACUCGUACUUAUUGUUUGUCCAAUAAACGGUUGACCUCAAAUAACCGAUGACUAAGUUAUUAAAUAUUUCAUACAUUAUUCAAUUUGACAGUUAGUGUCAAUAACUAGUGAAUAUACAUAAUUUUUCAAAGUCGUUAUACCCGCUAUCUGUUAGUAGAGUAACUCGACUAAAGCUUUCUCUCUUCUUUUACCUACGAUUUAACUUCCGCGUGAAGACCAAUUUUAGUCAGCGCCUGCCUUGCCAUUUUUUCUAGACAUUGAAAAAUAUUUCUUCUCAAAUGUCUUAUAAAAUUUUUAAUGCGGUUAAUUCCCCCUUCAGUGCACCACUGGAGACUAUUUAUAUACUGUAUGCCCUGCGGCUAGCAAACUUUAUUUAGAACUUUAUUAUGGGCUAAUUUAUGUCUCCGCCAGCUCUGCGCGCUUCUAAUCCCCACAUGUGUUCCAUUUUUGACACUUUGAUGGCGCUUUUGUGGAGUUCGCUUGGAUGCUGAACAUGUUUGUUUAAGUUCUUGCCGGCGGUUUAUGCGUUUUUAAUGCACUUCCUUGGAUAAAUUUUGUUUCAUGCCCAAUUAAACAUUUGGCCGAAAGAAGCAGCUGUAUUUUGAAUUCUUGGAAGGAGCAUAUUUGUGAACAAUGUAUUUAGCAGUUGAAUUUAGAUAAACAUGAUGAAUAAAUCAUUUCAGUGACCAACUAAUUGAGACUCUAGUGAAUUGUGGCAACGUUGCACUCACCAGAAACGAAAGUCAGGCACUUGCGGCCCCGGUCACA